CGCUGUUGACAAUACAUUCGAUCCAGAGAUUUUGGGUUGGGUAUGGUGCCAUUCUCGGUUCGAUCUUGCAACAUGAGCGCGAAGAAUAAGUUGACGGCCGCGGACAAGCCCGCCGAGAAGACGUUUCAGUUCCAGGAUGAACUUCCUCCAUUGCCACUUCCGUCUCUGGAGCAGACCAUUGCUGCCUACAUCAAGAGCUGCGAGCCGAUGCUGACGCCGUCCGAGUUGGAACACACGAAAGGGGUGUGCCACGAUUUUCUCCACGGUGUUGGGCCGCAGCUGCAAGCAAUCUUGGAAGAGCGAGCGGCGUCUGAAAAGAACUGGCUCGAAGAAUGGUGGGAAACAUUCGCCUACAUGAAGCCGCGAUACCCGUCUGCAAUCAACAUCAACUGGUACGGCGUGGUGCCGGGAACGUGGGGACCGCGUGAAAUGAGCCAAAGCGAAGCCGCUGCCAUCUUUACAGUCGCUCUGUUGCAAUAUCGCAAGGAGUACCUCGCGGAAACAAUUCCGCCCGAGAAAAUGAUGGGACGGCCGCUGUGCAUGCACCAGUACACGCGAUUUUUCAACUCGUGCGUCAUUCCAGGUGAAGAUUGUGAUGAAAUCGAAGUGUACGAGCAUAAUCAGCGCCACAUUGUGAUCCUGCGCAACAACUGCAUGUGGGUUCUGGAUGUGUUGGACGAACAAGGCAACUCCUUGGCAUUGCCAGACCUCGUCAACGCCUUUGAGGCGGUGCGCGCCGAAGCAACGGGGCUCUUUGACCUCGAGCGGUACCCGCCCGUGAGCGUCCUGACGUCUGAGAACCGCACAAACUGGGCUAAAGCUCGUACGUAUCUCAUUCAACUCGACGCGCGCAACAAGCAAUCGCUCGAGAUUAUCCAGAAGGCACUGUUCGUCGUCGCCCUCGACGAAACAUCCCCUGCCAACUCGGAGCAAGUGGCGCAGAACUGUCUCUUGGGCGAUGGCCGCAACCGUUGGUACGACAAACCAGUCGUUCUCGUCGUCCAUGAAAACGCCCGCACGGGAAUCAAUGGCCAGCACGCAUGGGCUGAUGCCCUCGUUGUUGUCCGCAUCUUUGCGUACUGCGCCAAGUACGUAAAUGACAACUUCAAGCAGUUCUUUGCGCACAAGACGGUCGUGGGCCCACCCAAGGUCAAACCGCGUCGUCUCCAGUGGACGAUUGACAACAACGCACUCACUGCGAUCGAGUGUGCUUCGGCUGCAAUUAGCAAGCUUAUCCAGGCGAGCGACUUGUCGACGCUCCUAUUUCAGCACUAUGGCCACGCCUUCCUCAAGCGCUAUAAGCUGUCCCCCGACUACUUUAUCCAGCAAGCCAUUCAACUAGCGUACUACAAGAUGUAUAAGGAAGUGCCGGCCGUGUACGAGACAGCGCACACGCGCUUGUUUUAUCACGGGCGCACCGAAACCGUUCGGUCGCUCACGAGUGAAUCGCUGGCGUUUGUCAAAACGAUGGAGUCGACUGCUGAGGCGUCGGCGAAGUGGGAGGCGCUCCAAACGUCGCUCAAACGGCACGGCGAAGUGCUGAAGAAUAGUUUGAUGGCACAAGGGAUUGACCGCCACCUCAUGGGCCUUCAGAUCGUGUCGGAGAUGUCGGGCAUCACGCCGCGGCCGUCGCUCUUCACCGACAAGGCGUACGAACUCACCAAGCGAUACCGCAUUAGCACGAGCAACAUUAGCGGCACGGCCGGUGCGAGUCCGAUCUGGGGCGGGUUCUCGGCUAUGUACAACGAUGGGUAUGGAGUGUGCUACGCCCUCCAGCCGGACCGUAUCAACUUUAGCAUCACGGCGUACCACACAGACCCGAAUACGAGCGCCGUCAAGUUCAAGCGCCACUUGGAAGCCGCGCUGUUGGACAUGGUCGAGUUGUGCUUGAGUCGCAACGUGAUUUACGUAGGACAGUCCAACUUGUAAACUACACGGAAUGCAUCCGCUUUCACAUGUUUCGAUGCAGUGCACUGGCAGGAGCGACGCCACGGACGCAACGACUUGGUUGGCCUCGCGUUCGUCCAAACACCGCGCUGGUGAUGUGCACGAGUUCAUUCCGUUGCGGCGACCCCAUGGCGUUUCUAUUGAAGCCCCUCUCGACUCGAACGCUUGAAGCGACCUGUCUGCUUCUCAUCAACGUUCACG